AUCAUCAUCGGUUUCAUCAAUAUCAAUAACAACAUAAACGAACUGGAAAAACUCUCAAGAGCGUCGUGCGGGAUGCUGCAGUAGGUUGCCUUCUGCGGAAGCAGAGAUCGAGAUGCUGCAUUGAUAGCAUUUAGUAGCAUGUCGCGGUAAACGGCUUCUCGCUUUGGUGUCCCGGUUAUGAUCUCUACUUAGACGCCAAGCCCUGCCGCGCCUACGAUGACAUUGGAGCGGGCAAACCAUCCCUAAAACCACACUGCCUGUUGAACACUUGGGCCGAACACAGCUGCACCGCUUCGCCAAAGUGUCGUCACGCUCAAAGCGUGACCUGCCAAGAUGGCGAUUGCCAGACCCCCGGGUCUGGACUUCGACCACAAUUGGCCCGAGAGCGCCGAGUGUCUGAUGCUGGACUUCGGCCCCUUCGAGACGGUGCACCGCUGGAGACAGAUGCCCAACUGCGACGAAUUCGUCGGAGCGAGGAGAAGCAAGCACACGGUGGUGGCCUACAAAGACGCCAUCUACGUGUUUGGGGGCGACAACGGCAAGCAGAUGCUCAACGACCUGCUGCGCUUCGACGUCCGAGACAAGUCUUGGGGAAGGGCGUUCACCACGGGCUCCCCUCCUGCGCCACGCUACCACCACUCGGCGGUUGUCCACGAGAAGAGCAUGUUUGUUUUUGGGGGCUACACCGGGGACAUCCACUCCAACUCCAACCUGGCCAACAAGAAUGACCUGUUUGAGUACAACUUCACCACCGGCCAGUGGAUUGAGUGGAAGUUUGAGGGCCGCAUGCCGGUGCCACGAUCCGCGCAUGGAGCAGCGGUGUACGACGGCCGGCUGUGGAUCUUUGCCGGCUACGACGGCAACGCCCGCCUCAACGACAUGUGGUCCAUGUCCCUCUUGGGAGACUCCCGGACCUGGGAAGAGGUUCCCCAGCGGGGGGACUGCCCCCCCACCUGCUGCAACUUCCCGGUGGCCGUGGCCCGGGACAGCAUGUUCGUCUUCUCCGGCCAGAGUGGGGCCAAGAUCACCAACAGCCUUUUUCAGUUCCACUUCAAGGACAAAUUCUGGAGCAGAAUAUCGACGGAGCACAUAUUGCGCGGGGCGCCGGCUCCCCCGACGAGGCGCUACGGGCACACGAUGGUCGCCUUCGAUCGCCACCUCUACGUCUUCGGUGGGACGGCCGACAGCACGCUACCCAACGACCUCCACUGUUUUGACCUGGACUCGCAGACGUGGUCCAUCAUCCAGCCGUCUGCAGACAGCCAGGUCCCCUCCGGGCGGCUGUUCCACGCGGCGGCCGUGGUCGGGGACGCCAUGUACGUGUUUGGGGGCACAGUGGACAACAAUGUGCGGAGCCGGGAGAUGUUCCGCUUCCAGUUCUCCUGCUACCCCAAGUGCACCCUCCACGACGACUUUGGGCGCCUGCUCGAGACGCAACAGUUCUGCGACGUCCAGUUCCUCCUCGGAAGGGAGGAGGUCCCAGUGCCGGCCCACGUCGGCUUUGUGGCCGCAAGAUCUGCAUGGCUCCGGGACAAGAUUCGCAAGGCUCGGGAAAAGCAGGAAGCCCAGGCUCUCGUCGACGUGGAGGGCAACCCCGAGCUGGCCCCCUGGGGCCCCAUGGGGCCGCCGAUCCUGCAGGUGCGGCUGCCCGACGCGGUGCCCGAGGCCUUCGAACUGGUGCUCACAUACAUCUACACGGAUCGCAUCGACCCCACCCGCAAGAGUCGUGACCCCAUGAGUGACCGAAUAGUUCUCCUCAUGAUGGACGUCUACAGGCUCGCAGUCCAAUUCCACAUGCGGCGGCUGGAGCACCUGUGCGUCCAGUACCUGGAGGCCGCCAUCAACCACCGCAACGUGCUCGUGGCGCUCCAGAAUGCCUCAGACCUGCGUCUGGAUUUCAUCAAGGAGUUCUGCCUCAAGUUCAUAGUGAAGGAGAGCACGUACAACCAGAUAGUGAUGAGCAAAGAGUUUGAGACCAUCGCCCAGCCCCUGAUGGUGGAGAUCAUCCGCAGGAGGCAGAUGCCCUCCGUGCGCUCUCUCCAGGAGCCGCUCUUCGACUACACAGGCACGACCUUGGAGCAGGACAUGGAGAGCUUCCUGCGGGAGGUGGGGCGGGAGUUCUGCGACAUCACCCUUCUGCUGGACGGGCAGCCCAUCCCAGCCCACAAGUCAGUGCUGGUGGCCCGCUGCAGCUACUUCGAGGCCAUGUUCCGCUCCUUCAUGCCUGAGCACAACACCGUUAAUAUUGCCAUCGGGGAGAUGAUUCCGUCCCUGCAGUCUUUCAACACGCUGUUGAGGUACAUCUACUACGGAGAUGUGACGAUGCCUCCCGAAGACUCCCUGUACCUGUUCUCGGCGCCUUACUUCUAUGGGUUCACCAACAACCGGCUUCAAGCCUUUUGCAAGGAAAACCUGGAGAUGAAUGUCACCUUCGAAAACGUCAUUCAGAUCCUAGAGGCAGCUGACAAGAUCCAAGCCACAGACAUGAAGAAGCAUGCCUUGAGCCUCAUUGUCCACCACUAUCCAAAAGUGGCCCGUCUUCCGCGGCUCCAGGGCCUGAGCAGGGAGCUGCUGCUGGACAUCCUGGAAGCCCUGGCAGACGACAUGAGCGACUCAAAGCUGUGUCAGGACGUGUCAUCUGCCAGCCUGUGCAGCGACUCGGCAGGAUCCACAAGCUUAGUCUUCGACCCAAGUCCGUGCCACGAAGCGGGGUGCAAGUGAAGGUCGCCCGGCGCGGUCGAGCGGACUCGUGCGCUCGGUCCCGCCAGAGCCACCGAAUAGGCUACGGCUGGUUUGUGCACUAUCGAGUGCUUACGACCAAUUGCGUUAAAACCUCUCGUGAUCUCUUGCAGCUAAAGAACACACCGGUGCCAUCUGUCAGGUGGUCGUGUAACACCGGCAAUUUCCUUACCUUUCUCACUUUUUUUUGCGGAUUAUUUUCCCUUUAGUGGCUCAAAAAGCUAUCGACAAUCUCGUAAGUACGGUCUUCUUUUUUCGGAAAAUAGCGACAUACCCCGAACGUUUGGGGUCCUUUGGUAUAUAUUAGCAACAGCUUUAUUUCGUGUUGACCCAAAACGCAGCCUGCUUUUAACUCUCUGCAAGGAUGCCGAUUUCUCGGGAAACCGAAUUCCCGAUCUCGUUUUCUUCUGUCGUCGGUACUGGGACAAAUUCGCAGCGUUUGGGUCACGUGCACUAUCACGGGGGAUGGCAAUCCUACGUCCCCCAUCUUGUUUCCUUCAGUGUAUGCACCGACACAUUCUGACUUUUUGUCCGGCACCGAAAAUCGACACUGAAAAACACUGAAUACGUGGUGAAAAAACAAACCCCCAAAAAUAUGCCCCAAAAAUCGAAGAACAGUGAACCCCAAAAGCACGGAACCCUAGUUACAAGUGACCGUUUCCCACAGAUAGCACAUACGUUCCAUCUCGCAAAUACAUUCUCGGAAACUUUCGCUCCGGCGAGUUGCAGUUCAGGGCCCGCCUCGUAGACGACGCCAGCGUGCCGGCGUGCACUCUCUUCGCAAGAGAUCGGCAAAACUCUGUCGUAAGUGGACGCAAGUGCUUGGACCAGCCUUCAGAGUGACGACACCUCGGCCAUCUUGGUGCUCGGAAGUCCGAAGACUAAUUCGAAAUCACAAAAAACGCUUUUCCGUCUUUCAGAAACGUUGAAACGAUCUACCUUGGAGCAACACCGUAUCGCCCGAGCUUCCUUGUCUAAAGCUUGGGAAGCCGUAUUUUUAGUCGUAAAGAUCCCCGGCGGCUCUGCACUUAGGACCGGAAUGGCGGCGCCCGUAAAAAAAGCCAUUACUUCGAGCGUAGCUUGUUCAGUGGCUCUGGGUACCGCAAAGAUCGGGGAGGGACUGUCGUCUGCUUACCGUUUCUGCUGGGGAUCUCCAGCAGUCUGCUUCUAUGCGGAGCGCAAGUUCGUCUGCUUGCACAGGGGUUGCGAUGAUGUCUGAAUGCCAAGCUCUUAUUGGCUGAGUGAAAUAAAACGAAAAAAUGCAGUGGGUAGGCCACUGUCCUUCCAAUGAAAGUCAAUUGGAACUCGGCAUCGUUCCGAUGUCACCACAACCCCUGUUCAAAAAGCAGACGACUUGCUCUCCGCAUUGGUUUGGGAAGGAUUAUGGUGCUGGUCGGCGCCCUGUGUCCCUAAUGGUCGGUGACUGCUGCCAAACGUCUGUUUUCGUCCGCUUUUGUCUGCCCUUUCGUUUACUGGAAGGGAGGACCCGUGGAGGCUUUACGGAUAUUAUUUAUACUAUUUAUUGUACAUUCCAUUGUGUCCUUCCUCAUCAGUGUUUGUGUGCAUAAUUUACAUUUCCCUAUAUUUUUUCAUUGUUCUCUUUGAAAAGUCUAAUAAGAUAAUAAUAAAGAAAAAUCUUCUCUAUAUUA